AAUUUAGUGUCUUGAACCCCAAAAAAUGAAGCGGCAAUCGGUGAAAGCAGCAACAGACUGAAAAAUGAAACACUUUCUUCACCAACGCUUUACAGCCUCCUUAACCCGCCGCAUCUCUACAUCAUCCCCAAAUAAAAACAAGCUACCCAUUCUCUACAAAACUCCAGAAAUCAACGACCACAAUCGAAACGAUUCCGUCACACUCCAGCUCCUUUCCUGGGGAAGAGGUUCCUCUGGCCAGCUUGGCGGCGGCAUCGAAGAAACCCGAUUAUACCCAUCCCCAGUAGCUAAUCUCCACGCGUUACCCUCCUCUUUCUCUCUCUCUCCAACACCAGGCCAACUUCUUAUCAAGAAUCAAAAUAGUACAAUAACCAAACAAGAAGCUAUUGAAGUUGGAAUCUCUUGUGGUCUAUUCCAUUCUGCAUUGCUUGUAGAUGGUAAUAUUUGGAUUUGGGGAAAAGGAGAUGGCGGUCGUUUAGGGUUUGGACAUGAGAAUCCUGUUUUUGUUCCUACUUUAAAUCCUAAUUUGGAUCCUGCUAAGUGUGUUGCUCUCGGCGGCGUCCAUUCUGUUGCCCUAACUUCUCUUGGCCAGGUCUUUACGUGGGGUUAUGGUGGUUUUGGUGCAUUAGGACACUGUGUUUAUCAUAGAGAACUAUUGCCUAGAUUGGUCCAAGGCAUUUCUAAUGAAAAAAUACGCCAUAUCGCCACUAGUGGCACACAUACUGCUGCCAUCACUGAAACAGGGGAAGUUUAUACUUGGGGUAGAGAUGAAGGGGAUGGAAGGCUGGGACUCGGCCCUGGGAGGGGCCCCAAUGAAGGAGGGGGACUUAGUAUCCCUUCCAAAGUAAAAGCAUUGACAGUUCCAGUUGCUGCUGUUUCCUGUGGUGGCUUCUUCACAGCGGUGCUCACAGAGGAGGGGCAGAUUUGGAAUUGGGGAGCAAACUCGAACUAUGAGCUUGGGAGAGGCAAUAAGACUGGUGGUUGGCAACCAAAACCAAUUCCUAAUCUUGAAGGUGUUCGGGUCAUUCAGAUAGCAAGUGGUGGAUAUCACUCACUUGCAUUAACUGAUGAAGGGAAAGUUCUUUCAUGGGGCUUUGGUGGGCAUGGUCAGUUGGGCCACCCUUCAAUUCAAAACCAAAAAAUACCAAUGGUAAUUGAUGCUUUGGCUGAUCAACGUGUUGUUUAUAUUGCUUGCGGAGGUUCAACAUCAGCAGCUAUAACUGAUGAGGGGAAGUUGUACAUGUGGGGAAAUGCCAAAGAUUCUCAGCUGGGGGUUCCCGGUUUGCCAGAGGUACAACCAUGUCCUGUGGAGGUCGUGUUUCUAAUGGAGGAUGAUGGUUUGGGACCCCAUAAAGUUCUGUCUGUUGCUGUUGGUGCAUCUCAUGCAAUGUGCUUGGUUUUGAGAACAAGCUCUUAGAAUUCAUUUUGUGGUUUCAACUUUCUAGGAUUACCAACAUAUUGUGGACGGGGUUGAAUCUUUUGUAACAGAACUCUUAACACUGAUGCAUGGAAGCUUUAGAUGAGCGGAUUCAAGAAUGAUCAGCGAUUGACAAGUAGUGCAAUGAGCUGUAGGAGCUUGAUGUGCCUUUCUCUGCAGUGAUAUGAUUAUUUGCACCUGUUUUGUAUGUGAUGUGCCCCUGACCCCCUCAUUGGUUUUGCUUGCCGCUCUUGCACAAUUUAAGUGGCUGUCUUCUGAAGUAGCUACCUGUUAAAAAUCGAGAUCGUUCAAUUAUUAAAAACAUUCCUUCAA